GGCCCGGCCGAUGGCGGGAUGGCGGCUAGAGAGGGAAUGGACUCCCCCGUCGCCCGCGCACCAGAAAGGAGAGUGGUUAGAUGGAGUCGGGAAGAAACCGCCGCGGCAAGAAGGAGACUGUGAGGAAAGCGACUCUGAGGGAAAGCAAGGGAGCUUCAGUCACCUUCUGACCGCGAACCCAGCCUCGGAUCCUUCCCAUUGGUCCGCGCCCUUGCCAAUCAUGGCUGCUGCUACAGGUUCUCCAGUCAACGCGCUCUGUCGGGCGGGCAGGCGUUACCACCAGUCCUGAGACAACUCCCUUUGGCCACUUUACGGUUACUUUUAUUUUCCCUUCUGUUAUUGGUCGUCUUGGCCCGCUCCCUCCUUUGCGGGCACGCCCAGAUGGGGGCGGGCCGACAGAGCAUUGCUAAGCGACAGGGAUGCGCGCGGGGUCUGUCCGGUGAGCGAGCAGAGCAGGCGGAAGUGCCGGGGUAGCUGCGGGAUGGACCCAAGGCGGAGUCCAGGGAAUCGUGGAGAUUGUAAUCCAUCUGCGCUUCUGAUGUCCCCAAGGCCUGCCAGUUUUCUCCAUCCCAGACGGUCCCUUUGGAGAUGCUCCCCUGGGUGGAAGCCACAGCUGGUGCUCCAAGGUCCCAGAGAUCCAGGCUCCCACAAGCUCCCAAGGCUCUAGCUGCAGGUCCCAACUCCCCUGAGCUGUUUGAGGACUCCUGGCCAUCCAGUUCAGGGACCCCUUCCCCACCCAGCACCACUGAGGGACACACGGGAGCCUCCACGCCACCCCCUCUGAUUGACAGCGGGGACUCUGUGGUGGCCAAGUACAUAAACAGGUUCCGCCAGGCUCAGCCCACGAGCCGAGAGGAACGUCAGCCUGCAGGCCCAACCCCAGCUGACUUCUGGUGGCUGCGACCUGAGUCUCCAAAACCCAGCAGUCAACUUGUAGCAGAAGCCAAGGAACCAGAAGGAAGACACUGUACAGCAGACCUGAAUCCUGCCAAGAUGGCCAGUGUAUCUCGGGCUGCAGCUCCCCUUCAGGAAAUAAAGCAGAACCUCAACACAUGGAACUCAUCUCUGCUGGACCUGGAGACGCUGAGCCUACAGAGCAGAGCUGCCAGGCUGCUCAAACGCAGCAAGGCUUCCAUCUCCUCCUCCUCCCUCAGCCCCAGCGACGCCAGCACCUCCUCAUUCCCCGUCAGCUCCGAUGGCCUUUCUCCCUUCUCCAUGAACUUCAUCCCCGACUCCAACGAGGGCUCUGGCCCCACGGCACCCGCAGCCCCGGCCCCCACCCCUGCUCCAGCUCCAGCCUCAGCCUCUUCCCGGGCACCCCUUCGGCCAGAGGAUGACAUCCUGUACCAGUGGCGGCAGCGGCGGAAGCUUGAACAGGCUCGGAAGCUUGAACAGGCUCGAGGAGGCCAGGGUGACGGAAGCUGGGUGCCGUCCCGGACCCCUGCCCUCACUACUCAGACUUCCUGUGCCCCCGUGGAGACCCUUGGUUCUCUGGGAACUCAGCCUAACUGCUUCCCACUGUGGGGUGGUCUAGCCCGGCCUGGUCCCCCAGAGGCCUUCUAUGCAGAGAGGCCUCCUUUUCCCCCAGUGUCUUCUCCAUACUUCUACUGGGCCCCCAGCCCCCAUGGAUUCUUCUGGGCCCCACAGUCCAGUCCCUGGGUAUCUCUUGGGGCUGUUCCUCCCACGCAGCCAGCCUCCACCCCAGCACCCCCAGCCUCCAUCCCGGUGCCCCUGGCCUCCAUACCAGUGCCCGUGGCCUCCAUCCCAGCACCCCCGGCCUCUACCCCGGCACCCCAAGCCUCCACCCCAGUGCCCCUGGCCUCCAUACCAGUGCCCCUGGCCUCCAUACCAGUGCCCCCAGCCUCCAUCCCAGCGCCCCCGGCCUCUACCCCGGCACCCCAAGCCUCCACCCCAGUGCCCCUGGCCUCCACCCAGGUGCCCCCGGCCUCCACCCCGGCGCCCCUAGCCUCUACCCAGGUGCCCCCGGCCUCCACCUCAGCUCCCUUGGCCUCUAUCCUUACAACCCCUGCCGCCCUCCAGAGCCCACCCACCCCUGAGCCAAGCAGCUCUGCCCAGCCCAAGAGACUGGGCCCCAAGCCUCGGAGGGCCCAGCGAGAGGCUGUUGAGCAAGUCGCUACAGCUGGGGAGAGUCCUGGCGGGCAGCUCAGGGGCGCUCUGGGCCAGGUAGUGACAGCUCGGCUGUUCCCUGACAGCCUGGAAGACACGCCCCCUCGCCUGGAGGGCCCACCUCGACCCAAGGCUAAACCGCAGAAAGCCAAGGCCAUACACCCCCAAACCAAUGUUAUGCCUCCUCUCUCAGAGGUCACGCCCCCUUUAUCUGAAUCACAGUGUCAUUGUAAAGCCAAGGCUGUGUCACCCCCAGCGGUGUCAGUGCUUUGGAGGAGCAAAGCCACUCCUUCCCCUGAAGCGGGGCAUCGGCAGCCCGAGGCCCCACCCCCUCCAGCUGAGGCCACGCCCCCAUCGGCUGCUGACCACGCCCCCUCAGAGGACUUGCUGUCCCAGGCCACCGGACUUCUGGAGGCUGCUGAAGACUCUGAUGGCAGUGAGUUCCAGGACGACCCUGUGCUGCAGGUGCUAAGGGCCCAGAGGGCAGCGCUGCGUCGGGAGAAAAGGAAAGUGGAUGCCCGAUUAUCCUUCCUGCUGAACCCUGUGGAAGACCCGGGAUCUCGGUCCCCUCCAGCCAGGUCGCCCCCUAGGUCCCCAAGGAGGCUGCUGCGAAGGGAAGGAGCCUCCCUGGAGACCAGACGACUUUGAAUUGUACAAACUCUCUUUUAUCCGAUGAAACAUGUUUUUCAGAUUACAGGUUAUCUCUGAGAAAAGGGCUGUUCUGGAAUGGCCAAGGGUCAUGCCAUUUUAAGGAAUGCCUCCCCUCCCUGCUGUGGCUCUUUCCUGACCACUGAAGAAAAAUUUCUUUUCUGAUCUUAUCCUCCUUGGGGCUUGGGAGAGUAAGGGUUCCAGGCAAGACUUCAAGCAAGACUAGGACCCACCUUCUCUGACUCUCAACUCAGGAGUCCUCUCUCAGGUGGGACCAAAGGGACUGUCCUCUGGGCAUGAAGCUACUAGAGUCAUCAGAGUGUGGGACAAUGGUCAGUCCUUGUCCACAUCCUACUGUGCCACAGCAGCAUUUGAUGCAGCUGUUCUCUCCUCUGAAGCACUUUCUUCUCCUGCUUCCAGAACACCUCUCCCUACCUCUUUGGUGAUUGCCCCAGCAUGUCAACUGUGGCCUGUGGCAGGGCCCUGGCUUUGCCUUCUCUAUCUACACACGUGCCCAGGUGCUCUUGUCUGUCUUAAUGACUCUGAAUCUCGUCUGUCUUCCGAUAGAGCCCAAAUUUCUAUCACUAGCCUAGACCUGGCCAUUAAACCGUGGGCUCCUACAUCAUCACCAUCUCCACCCAAAAGUCUAAGAGUUGUCCCAAAUUCUAUAGGUCCCAAACUGAGCUCCCAAUCUCCCCUCUAAACUUGCUUCUCCCCCACUUUCUUCAGCACCAUCCUUUGCUGCUUAGGCCAAAAGCCUUUAUGGCCUUUGACUUCUGUCUUCCCUCCCACCCACAGUGAGUUGGCCAGCAAAUCCUGCCAUCUCUACCUUUCACAUUUGUCCAGAAUUCAACUCCACCUACCUCCACUGCCCUCACCUUGGUCUAGGCUAUCACCACCUCCCAUCUGGACUAUUGAAAAAUUUACUGUUCCUGUAAACAUAUCUGCAUAUUCUUUAAUACACUUACCAUCAAGAGGAAGAGGUUAUGUCCCUUCCUCUGGAAAUUGGGCCCCUCAGCAAAUAGAAUGCAGAGAAAGUGGUUCAGCUUAACUUCCAACAUUCAGUUAGAAAAGAUGACACAGUCUGCCUGGUCUCCUUUCUCUCUCUCUCUUUCUCUCUGUCUGACAUUUGCUUUAGAGUCUAUGCAAAAAAAUCAGUUGCCAUGCUAGGGAGGGGUUUGGGUUACAAAGGUAUAUUUAUUUAUCAAACUCAGUGAAAUUUGUGAAUUUCAUUGUAUGUAAAGUUUACCUCAAAAGAGAAAUAAAUAUUGAACUCUAAUUAAAGAUAUGCACACUGAAAUAUUUAGAAGACAGCACAUUAAUAGCUGUAGUUUAUGUUGAAAUGCACCCAAGAUUAGUUGGGUUGAUGGAUGAAUAGAGUAAUAGGUAGGGAUGAGAUAAAGCUAAUAUAGUAAAAUGUUAAUAGUAGGAUCUAAGUGGUAGAUAUAUGGGUGUCUAUUGUAAAAUUUUUUAACUUUGCUGUAUGUUAGAAACUUUUCAUAAUAA